CGCAACAAUGGUUGAUAUGUCCGAUUUGAAGGAUGGUGCUUUACGUGAAAUCGUUAUGGAUGAGAGUGUCUUCGGUAUUGAAUUCAAGUCACUUAUUACACUUGAUGACUUGGAGGAGAUUUUUAAGCAUGAUCAACUAGGCGUCAAUAACAUGCACUCAUACAUCCGGUUGUUGUAUGACAGAGUGUUACGCGGGACUCCGUUGUCUAACAGAUUCCGUUUCGUGUCUUCCGCCCACUGCAGCGGAAUGACAAUUGCUUCGGAACGGGAAUCAGUUAGACAGCGAUUAGUCGAUAGAUUCAUGUCCACCGGCAAUACAGAAUGUCUGCAUCUUUGGGCGUAUAAUACCCGACCAGUAGGGUUAGUUUCUCAUUCUUUGUUCAUCUAAUCUCUGUUUCUUUUGUGUAUAGCAAAAUUUUCAUAUAACCUAUUGUUUUUAUU